AUGCCGCUGGAAGGAAAUAAUUCCCUCUGCGACGCCCUCCUCGUUCCGCACACUCUCUCGUCUCUUAUCCCAUUCGUCGACGACGCCGCCGACGCCGUGGAGAGGCCCGAGAAAAACGGCUCGUCUCGGCGGCGGCGACAACACUUUCCGGAAAUAGCAUGGGAAACGGCGGAGGGUGCCGACGAAAUAGCGUGCCGCUUCGCGGAGGCGCCGAGACAACGAGCCGGAGAGCGCUCACACCCGCGGAGCAGCCCGGUGUCAUACGAUGCGGGCGCAGAGCGGCGUCGUAAUUGCGAGUCGACGGGCGAGAGAGCGCGCCGAAAACGGAGGGUGGUGCGCCGCGAGCCGCAGAAAAUCUGUUAUUGAAGAUAGUGACCAGCCGGAAAUGAUGGCGGAGAGAGAGGAUGAUUUGAAAUGUUCACCGCGACGAAAAAAAAGAAGGAUGAUACAAACUUCUGUUCGCCCAGAACUUGACGAUUCAGGACCUGAAAAGUACCGUUUUUCUCUCUCUUCGAGAAGGACCUGGCCAGAAACGAGGUGUUGGAGAAUGGAUCGAUAGUGGGUGUGGCGACCAACAGAGAGACCCUAGAGAGAAAAACGCAAAGGCGGAGACACACGAGAGACGAGGCCGCUCUCCCACUGUGUCCACGGCCACCAAAACCCUUCUCCCACACACACACACACACACCAAAAAGAACCCAAUUUUUUGAAUCUCUCUGUGUUUUUUUUUCCUCCUUGCCUUUCCAACCAAAAACGCCGUGAGUUUGAGCGUUUUUUUCCCCUCCUGCCUCGAGCAAAUUUGCCGUUUUCAAUGUUUUUUUUUUCCGCCAUCAUUUUUUGGUUGAUGUUCCUUUGGGUCUCUCCUAUCUUAUUGUUGUUUGUCUCUCGUUUCUCUACCACUCUCUCACUAUUUCCCUUAUAGUUUUUUUUUUUCCCACCGACAAUCUAAUUUAUGCGUGUGUGAGUGUGUGUUAAGUGACCAUAUGAUUCGCUGUUUACUUUUGACUUUUCCGGGGAAACCGAACUUUUAAGCGAUCAUUUUAGGGUUUGAUUUUCAGAUUCCUGGCUUAAAACUUUUUGAUGAUUUCCUAUAAGACUAGAAGUACUUAUCAACUUGAGUCGUACCUUUUUGGAUUGCAAAUUCUUUGAAAAAUUCAAUUUACAUACCGAAAAUGAACAGAAGGACCUCAUGAAUUAGGCUAAAAAAAUAAUUUUUUUGAAAGCCUAAAAAAAUGAAUAACUUACAAAAAUAAACUAUUGAAAAAGCGCAAAGAUUAAAUAUCGGUAAUUUUUUUGACCCUGUCGAUUUUUGAACUUGAAAAAAAUUAACUUAAUUCUACUCGAGCCCUUCGAAAUAGCCUAUUUAACAGCUAAAAAAAGCCGAAAAAGACCUUUUUUAGAUAUAUUUUUCUGUGAAAAGAAUCGACUAUAAGUUCAAAAUUUUAUUUCAAAAAAAUAAUUGACCUCAUUCCUUGAAUUUAAUUCGUUUUUCCUCGAUUUUCUGCUUUUUUUCCUUGAUUAUCUAGAAUUUAUGACAUUACGAGCCAUCUUUCUUCACUUCAAAUAUUCAAAAAGAAGAAAAAAAAUGAAUUAAAAAAAUACUCACCGUUUGAAAGUUUUUUUGGGAUUCCAGGGCGCGAAUCGACUUCAGCUAAAAAAAAAUCUUAUUAUCAAAGUGUAUUUGAACGUUUAUGAACAUAUAAUGAGUAAGAAAACGAUUAAAAAGAACGAAAUUUCGACAAAUUUCAAAUUUUUAAAAAAGUUUGGAGUGUGCAAUUAGGCGUGUGCUAAUUUGUGUCCGCAAGCACGCAAGGCCUUGGCGUUUCGAACUCUUUUUUCUAAAGCUUGCAUUUUUUAAAGUUCUACUCUUAUUUUGAAUGUUUUGACUUUCUUAUUUGGCUUGUUAAUCAACUUUCAAAGCUAGAAAUUCUCUCUUUCCUUUUUAAACUUUCUUUUUGCUCGAUCGCUUUCGUUUCUCGUCAAAAUUGUGUAUCAUUUCAGUGAUCGUCGUAUGUUACAUUGCAAAAGAAUAGAAUAGAAGCGCAGAAAAAACCGAAAAUUGAAGGAAAACUGCGUGGAUAAUGUCCAGUGAAGACGGUGGACCAGGUCCCGAUCCCUCACAGGUUGGAAUUUUCUUUUAAUUUUGUUGAGAUCAUUUUUUAAAUGCUUGAGUUUUGGUAGGAUUAAGGAUUUGAUAUGGUUGGGAUACUUGAAAAAUAUUUAUUUUCUCACGUUUUGAACCCCAUUUUUUCCCGCCUUCCAGUUUUGUUUAUCAAUUUUUAAAAGGAGGUUCCCUUCUUUUUGACCGAACAAAGAUCGAAAAAACGACCAAAUUAAUAGAAUCAACAGAAAAAAAACAAGCGUUUUUCUCACCCCCUUCCUCUCAUUAUCUGACCGCUCCGAGCAAAUAUUGUCGUCUACUUUUUUCGUUUUGUUUUUCGUGGGCUAAUCUCUCAGAAAGUUCCUUUUUUAUUGGCUUGAGAAAUUCCCUAAAAAUACAGAAAAACAAAGACUUUCUGCUGCAUUUUGGUACUGAAUUUUGGGUUCUAGAAGUUUCUAGUAUAUAGUUUGGCUUAAUUUUAUGAGUUUGAUAUAUUGGAUUAGUUUUCAGUCCAUAUGUUUAACGUAGAAAAAUGUCCAAAAGAAGCUCGAAAUUAAACAUUUUUGCUUCAAAACCAAGUUUUGGCUUGAUAAUUCAUUUUUUUCAAGCUUUCUACUGGAUUUUUAGUAAGUUUUUGUCUUCCUUUACUGUUUUUAAAAAGUUAUGCUGUUGAAAAAACGAAAAAUUAAGUUUUCAACUGUCAUUUUGUGUACAAGCGUUACUUGAAAUUGGUUUUUAGGCCUAAUUUUUCCUAUUUUUUGUCAGAAAACUAGGUUUUCAGGCAUUUACGAUCUGUUUCACGAAAAUAUGUUCAAUUUUUCAGCUUUAACGGAUUUUUUAGCGCAUUUAUGUACAUCUAAAUCUAAAGAUAGGACUGUAAAAUACGUUUGAAAUCGAAAAAAAUUCGAAAAUUUCAGAUUUUGACAUUUUUUGGUACAGUAAUGAACCCUAGUAGAGACUUUGUAUCAAAUUAUAUUUUUUUGGGAUUUUUUUAAAUCUCGGCAGAGUAAUUUUUCGAAUCAUUACUAGUGAAAAAUGACGAAGAAAAAAAUGGAAAUUUCUUUUUUUGGAAGGUAGAUAUUUUUGCCAUAUUUUUUUAUAAAUAGAUUUUUUUAAGUGAAAAAAACUAUUUUUUUCCAGAAGAUUAUAUUGUUUUUCGAGAAUCAGAAAAGUCGGUUAAAAAUAGUCAGGAUCGACAUUUUCGGAAAAAAUUAAAAGAUGUGUUGCCCAAGUCAAAAGUUGUUGUAGAAUUUCCAGAAAAAAUUCAGUUUUACAAGAUUUUUCGCGAAUAGAAGCAUUAUUUUCAAAAAUAUGUGUUAAAAUGGAUGAGAUCAUUUUUUUAAACUGAGAAAAUCUUAAAUAAACGGCUUGGGUACAAAAAUAUGGAGAUAAAAUUUGAUUUUACUGGAAAAAGGGUAGUUUUUCAACCUUGUAAUGCUUCAAGUUCUGAAAAUUUCGGAUAGAAUCUGAAAAAAUUUGAAAUUUUCACCAUUUUUUGGUAAAUUUCUGAAGUUUUCCAGGUGAUUUCCCUUACUAUAAUCCUCUCUUUUGUUUGUCCACGUAAAUGAGACGAAACCGUUUUUUUUUUUUGACUUUUUCCCACUUUCCUGCACCGUUUCGACGAUGUUAUCACGUCCGAUUUGUUUGCGCUUUAAAGGCGUCGGAAAGAAGUUUUUUUGGACUUUUUUUGAGGUUUUCUGACCGACUUUCUACUGAUUAGAAGGGCAGUGUCAACAGAUUGGUCUGGUGAUAAUCGUAGAAAAAUUUGGAAGAUUGGAAUUUUUUUUUAAGGUUUGGUUGGACGAGUUUCACGGAAAGGUUGUAUUUUUUGUGUAAAGUUUGGAAGGUUCAAGGUUUUUUAUGGACAUAAUAUCAUUGAAAACGUUGAAGUUUGUCUUGGAAAAAAAGCUCAAUUUUUGAAUUUUUUUGAGCUUUUUGAACCCUCCUAUGAGAGAAUUAAUGCUAAAAUAUGAGAGUUUCUCGAAAAAAAUUUACUUAAAAAUUGAGACAAAAAAACUUUUUACGGUUAAAUUACUUAUUUUACGGGGUGAAUUUCAGAUUUUUUUGAUGCUAAUUAACGCUUUUUUUGAACUUAUUUAUAGCAAUUUUGUGGAAAAACGGUGAAGUUCGGCUUUUUUAGGCUCAAAAAGGCCGGGAUUUCGGAUUAAAUAUGCUUUUUAUUGGUUCCUUGGACGUUUAUUUGUUUUGAAACGGAAAUGUUGUACCUAAAUGACAAUUUAAUCCAAAAAAAGCACUAUUUCGCAAGUUUUUGGAAGUUUAAAGCCGUGGGAUUGAACUGACUAAAAUCUAACACCCGUCUUUUAGAUGGGGCCGAAAAUUGCGGAACCAAUCCCAUGUACUUUUUAAAAAAUUUGAAGUUCAAAAGAGCGAUUUUUCGAAUUUUUCGCACUCCAAUUAUAUUGAAUUUCUCUCGAAAACCAUGAAAGAUAUGCGUUUUCCAAAGAAGGGCCCAUUUUCUUGAACCUAUGCGCUCCAAUGAUAAUAAGUUUCUGUAGAAAAAAAUACUAAAAAAAUAUGAUUAUUCUAAGGAAACAGACUGAAGGCUUAUUUUCCUGGACUUUCGCGCCCCAAUGAUAAUAAGUUUGUGUAGAAAAAUACCAAAGAUAUGCCUCUACCGAAAAAGGCCAUUUUUCGUAAACUUUCGUGCCCCAAUGAUAAUAACUUUCCGUAGAAAACCUCCUCCAAGGAAAAAGAUACAAAGGCCAUCUUUUCCUGGACUUUCGCGCCCCAAAUGAUAAUGAGUUCAAUCUUCUUUUUUUCCCACUUCCUUUCCUUCAUUUUGUCCACCUAUUGCGCAAAAGACGUUCGGUGCGCAGGAAAGAGAGAAGAAAAGAGUACGCCAAUGAGUGAGAUUGCCCAAUCCUUCUUCAUGUUCCUUUUCUUUCUUCGUUUUUUUUUUCCUCCUCCUUGCGUCCUUCGUCCGUCCCCUACUUAACGCGACGACGAGCAGUGACUGUGGCCUAGUUGAAGACGCAGACAGGACUACGGUGGUGCGGAACGCCGUCUCCCCGCUUUGUGCACUCUCUCGAAUGCAAAUAACCUACGUCUCUGCCGUGGCCUUCGGCCCCUCCCCGUUCGGCACACUAUCUCCUCGUCUGUCUGUUUGCAAGAAGGGGAGGCCGAUUGAAAGGAGAAGAAUGGAUGGUUGGCUGCGCUUGGGGACGCGCCGAAAAGAGAGAGAUGGAAUUGAGAGACGGCCAGAGAACCGAGAGAACGACGCAAGUGCGCUCCGUCGGCCCGCCACCACCACCACAUCUAUUUCGUUCGUUUGUGUUGAAACGAAAGAGGGGUUUGGAGAGCGCCAGAGAGGCCCGACGGACGCCCGCCCGCCGCCGCAUCGAGGCCAGAAAAAUCUUGCUUCGACGAGGGACUGAAUGAAUGCACAACGAAUUAUGGAGGUGGAAAAGAGCAGCCUCUGAGGGUUUUUUUCUCCCCCUUCUUUUUGAGGUCUUCAAUUGUUUCAAUAAGAGUGUCAGAGACUUUUUCGGCUUGAGAAGGUUUCGGGUAAUGGGACUUGUGUCACUUGGUAGACUCUUUGAAAUUCCAAGUAGUGGAGAAAAUUUGAGCCAAUAAGAAGUUGGACUAGAAUAGGUUUGAGAGAUUCAAGUUGGUUUUUGCGAUUUUGAAGGUUGAGGUACAGAAUGUAGAAGGUUUUUUGGAUCAGGGAAUUUAUGAGAAAGGAGGAGGGAAUCUGAAUAAAUUUGAUGUUUAGAAGGCGGAAUUUACGAUUUUUCAAAAAUAGAAGGAGGUUUGAGAGGAAAAAGGUUAUUUUUGGGUUGAGGAGAAAAAAUUUUCAAAGCAAUAUUAAAUGUCCAGUCCAGCUUCUGUCAAAUUCAAAAAAAAAUCAUAAUUUUCGAAAAAUGUCAUCAAGAGUUUCAUUAAAAUCAACUGAAUCGCGUCAGCAAAGCUAUAGUUAAUUUUACAAAAGCCUUAAGUUACUGUAGAAACUAUGGAGAAAAUCCUUGAAGCUGUGUUCAAAAUUCUAGUGUAUUUUAAGCACGGCCAGCGUGAUUUUUAAGGAUUUUCGAAUUUUUGAAAAAUUAUCAUUUUGAAAAAUAGGAAAAUUACUUUGAGCGGAGCUUAGCUGAUGUGGAUAGAGUGGUUAUUUCAAAUCAGACCGGCCAUUUUUUUUUCGGAAUUUCAAUCGGUAAGUCUUACCAAAUGAUCGGUUAACCUACUUUGAGAGCUGCAAAUGAGAACGGAAAUAUAAUUUUUUUAAGUUCGAAAAAAAGACGAUGAGUGGGAUAAGUGGGAGUUUUGGAUAUUAGUAUUUUGAUUUAUAAAAAAAUUCAGAGAAAAUAAUAAUUUUUUUUCUAUUAUAGUUCAUAUACAGCUAGCUUGAGCACUAACUUGAGAUGGGCCUUGAAAAUAUUCAAUGGACUAUUAUCAGUGCGUCUGACAAAAUGAUCAUUUGAACUAUCGGAGAAGUUGCGAAUAAGAACAAAGAACGAAGUGUGAUCUGUUUGAGUUGGAGAAAAAAGAUCGGCGAGUGAGAAAAAAAAGGUGUGGGUGGUCUUGGAAUAAUGAUUGUUUGUAUGAACGGACGGACGGACCCAACGGCUGGCUGGUGGUCAGAAGAGUGGUGUUUCUCUGUUUCUGUGAGUGUUUUUCUUCUUCUUGUGUGUGUGAGAGAGUGUUUGUGUUUCCGUGAGUUUAUUGUGUGUGUGUCGGGUGUGAGAACGAGCCGAUAGCGUGGGAAAAUUGUUUGAAGAUGGAUGGAUGGGUCGGGUCGGUUUUUGGCGCACUCUCCUCCUCCGACAACGUCAUUUGGCGCCCUGACGAUCCGACUCUUUUCCGACACACGUGCCAGUGAGAGGGCGAGAGAGAUUGGAGAGAGGCAGAGAAAAAAAGUUACUCGGGAACUUUUUACCUGGAAGCUUCAGCUUGAAGCUGAAGGGGAGAGGUGGAGAGAAAGAGAGAGAGUCUAGAGAGAAACAGAGAAAAACAGUUACUCGGGAACUUUUUACCUGGAAGCUUUGGCUAGAAGCUUCAACUUGAAGCUGAGGGGGAGAGAUGGAGAGAUAGAGAGAGAGUCUAGAGAAAACGAAACAUUUUCCAGUAAUUUACGGCCGUUAGGGUUUCAAAAUAUCAACCUGGAAGUUUCAAAUUUUAGGCAGAGAUCGGAGAGAGCAGAGAAAAAUAGUUACUCGGGGACUUUUUACUUGGAAGCUUUAACUAGAAGCUCAAAGGGAAUGAGAGAGUGCCGAGAAAAAAAAGAAGGUUAUAAUUUGAGAGAGAAAAAGGUACAAUUUAUGCACCUACACUUAAAUGACUACUCUGAAUGUAAGCUAAAAACUCUAGACUCCAUCCAGAAGCUUUAGGUUUAAGCUAGAAGCUUGAAACGAGAGAAAAAGAAACGGAGGAGAAAUGCAAAGAAAAAAUAAUAAUCCGGGAAUUCUAAACCUAAAAUAAUUGAAUCUAGACUAUAUUUAGAAUUUUUUUAAAGCUAAAGAUGAAUAUGCUAUUUUGAAAAUUCAUCCCUUCUAAAGAAGUUCAGUGAGAUCUUGAGCAAAAUUUCAAUUAUUCAGAUCUGAAUCCACUCAGGAAAAUGAAAAAUAAGCGACAGAGCCAUAAAAAUGUUCUAUAAAAAACGGUCCAGCAAACACGGAAAAGUUUGGAAAUAUGGUCUGGAAAAGUGACGAAUCGAUUCAUGUUGAUGUUUAUGUACAGUUUUGCGAAAUUUCGUGUUGAUUAUGACCAAAAAGAGUCGGCCCACAAAGGGAUUGUGAAACUUGAAAAAGCAGAAAAAAACCUAAAGCCUUUGAAAAAUUAAAAUUCUAACCAAGAACGGGUUUUGGGCAAUAUGGAUUUUAAGAAGGCCAGAAAAAAAAGAAGCUAAAACUCAAAUUAAAAACGCUGGUAUUUUUUAGGAAAGACUGGGAAAAAAGUAAUGCCAUCAAAGCCGUCAGAAAAUGAAAAAUAGUCGUCAGACAGUGAAAAAUAUAACUCAAUUUUGGAGAGUCAGAGACAAUUUUGAAAUCUCUUUGAAGUCGUCAAGAGGAGCCCAAAAAAGUUCAAAAGAAUAAUAAUAUUAGUUUUUGGGAAAAAUUCCAGAAAAAAGGGCACUUUUUCACCAAAAACACGGGAAACCCCCGUGUCACGUGGGCCAGAAAUAACCAAGAAGAAAAAAAACAGAUCUCCGUGGGAUUUGCCGAAUGAGAGCGUUCUAUGAGUGCGUGUGUGUGUUUGUUGAUUGGUCGUCUAUUUUCUUUUUUUUUUUUUGGGGUGGUCGGUUCUCUCAAAUAAUUCCCUAGUUCUCUUCAUUCACGCUUUUUCCCCCGUCCUUCCUUCCGCUUUUCACAAAUGACCUUUCUCUGCUUCUCUGCCUCGCCAGUUCUUUUUUGGUUUCCUGAGAGGUUCUAGGGGUUUUAUGAGGGUUCCAGGGCAGAGAUUGAGCUUUUCGAGGUUUUUAAAGGUCCUAGAAGGUUUUGGGAGCUUUCCUGAAGGGUUUAGGUAGGAGGAAAAAGGUAAUUUUUGCGUCUUAGGCUCGAAAAUGAUCAGUCUCAAAGGGAAAUCAUGAAGAAGGAUUUAAAUGAAAGGCAGCAUGGAAUGAAACAUUUGAAUCGAAAUAAAUUGAAGUUGAACGGUUUUGUGAAAAAAAUCAGGAAAAAAAAAUGAAGGAACAUUUUUCAUGAAGUAAGGAUACGGGAAAAUACGAGAAAACUCUUAAAACGGUCUGAAAUUUGAAUUAUUUCUGGAUGAGAGAUUUAAGAAAAGUUGAAUGAAAAAAUUGAAAAGCUAUGCGGAAAAAAAUAUUGACUUAAAAGAGAUUCAAGAAAAAUGAAUCCAGAACUUAUUUUAAGAAGAGGAGGGGGGACUUGGAAUCUGUUUUAGGAAGGCUCAAGCAAAAAAAUGACUUCAAUUAGACUUUUAAAAAAAAUCUGCGCUUCACCUAAUGAAGCUGGAAGGUAAAAAAAAAAAAUUCCAAAAAAAAAAUUCAAGACAGACUUCAAAAAAAAAGUUCAAAUCAACCUAAAUCUUGGGUUUUUAAGAAGGCUACGAAAAAUUCCUAACUUCUCGAUUUUCCAGGAUGCAAGUAGCAACGGCGCGUCAAGCAGUGCUCCUCCACCCGCGGCAGUACCGACCAACCGACCUCAGCCAUCUCCGCAACAGCAGCCAGGCUCCAUGCAGCCGCCAGACUGGGCCCAAGCCUCGCCACGGCCGCCGAUCCCCGGUAACCUCAUCCCCAGAAGACGUGACGAGAAUCUCUUGACUUCAGAAGGCGCGAUGCCACAUCCGGCGAUGCCGCACGGCUACCCGCCUCACGGAUAUCCCUACAUGCCGCCGAGAGGUCCCUUCCCGCCGUACGGAGCCUAUCCCGGCGGAUUCCCUCCGGGCUACCCGGGAGCACAGCAGCCGCAGCACAUGAUGCGGCCGCCGCACAUGCCUCCCGACAUGGUCCGAAUGCCGCCCGGACCGACGCCGACCGAAUGGGCGGCCCAGCAACAAGCCGCCGCAGCUGCUGCAGCUCAUCCUCAGCCCGCCGCGCAGAAGCUCAAGGUAGAGGAGUGUCACCAAGAGAAAUGUUAGAUGAAUCAAUUUACAGCAAGAACCGAACCCAGCGACGCCAGCCAGUCUGACAGCACCAAGUCCGUCGGCGUCAUCGAUCGCCGAAGAAUCUCUGGACGAAAAACCGCGGAUGGAAUCCCCCUCCUGGUCCAACAGUUCUGCGGUACCCCUCGGCGUCCCUCCAAAUCCAAUCAUCGAUUUUCCAGCAACGACCGACGAUGGGACCUCCUCCAGUCGUUCCUGCAGGAAUGUAUCCGCCGGCUCAGCCAAGUCCAGCACAGCAACCGCCGGCGACCCCUCAGACUGCGGCCACACCCGCCGGUACCGCCGCCAGCACUUCCAGACCGCCUCCGGCUAGCGCCGCCAGCAAGGCCGAUAUCAUUGAUCGAUUGGUGAGGAUCGUGUGAAGAAAAUAGCCGCGUAGAAAUGAAAAAGCAGAGGAAAACAUAGCUGCUCAAAAUAAGCUGCAUAGAAAUGUCUAAAAAAUUUUUGGAGCCUUUAAAAUGUCCCUACAGCAAAGUUGACACUACUGAUUGACUUUGGAGGAAAUGGAAAAGAAAUAAAUUAGCCGCGAUUUUUUCGGAGAGAAAUAGCCUAGAAAUUGAGCUUCCAGCAUUGAUAGAAUGAGAAGGCAGAAAAUAAGAAUUAGCCGCCCAAAAAUAGCUGCAACUUCUAUGGAGCGCACAAGAUGUAGUUAUGAAACGUGUACUGAAGGAGAGGAAUAAUUAGCCGCGAAAAAAUAGCUGCAUGGACAGAAAGAAUUAGCCGCUCAAAAAUAGCCGCAUAUAUAGGAAGAAUUAGCCGCUCAAAAAUAGCUGAAACUUUUAUGGAGCGCACAAGCUGUAAUUAUGAAACGUGUACUGAAGUAGAGGGAGAAUUAGCCGCUUAGAAAUAGCUGCGAUUUCUAUGGUGCGCGCUAACUGUAGUUAUGAAACGUGUACUGAUGGAGAGAAAAAUUCAGCCGCUCAAAAAUAGCUGCAUUUCUAUGAGGCGCACAAGAGUAGUUAUGAAACGUGUACUGAAAAAGAGAAAAAAUUAGCCGCUCAAAAAUAGCUGCAACUUUUAUGGAGCGCACAAGCUGUAAUUAUGAAACGUGUACUGAAGUAGAGGGAGAAUUAGCCGCUUAGAAAUAGCUGCAUGGAUAGGAAAAAAUUAGCCGCUCAAAAAUAGCUGCAACUUUUAUGGAGCGCACAAGCUGUAAUUCUGAAACGUGUACUGAAAUAGAGGGAGAAUUAGCCGCUUAGAAAUAGCUGCAUGGAUAGGAAGACUUAGCCGUCUCAAAAUAGCUUCCACCUUUUUUGAGACAAAGUAGGUGACGUAAAAUGUAGAUUUAGAGGGAUAGUCUUCAAAAAAAAGUAGCUUUAAAUUCGCAACAGCUAUAGUAAUAGGACGCAAAAAGGAACAGCUUUCGAAAUAAAACGGGCAGCGGAGUCGAAAUUCUAAAUCGAUCGAUGCGGAGGAAAUAACUGUGAGAAAAUGGUCCCAGAACAACAACGCUAAAUGGGAAAAAAAUUGGCGAAAUUUCGCAGAUCUAGACCUCAAAAAUGACUGAAAAGUCAAGAAAAUCUGUCAUUCAAUCAUGAAAAAAUUGGUACAAUAUGAAAUUCGGCCUUUCAGGUCGGACCCGUGACGGCGGCCAAUCCGGCGAGAGUCAUGCCGGAAAGACGAGCCUUCUUCGAACGACUCGUCAUGUUCUGCGAGCAACACGGAGAACCGAUCACAAUGGUCCCACAAGUCUCCAAGCAAAACAUCGACCUUCAUCGGCUCUACAUCGCCGUCAGGAACCGAGGCGGAUUUCAGCAGGUUAAAAAUUCGAGAGAAUCGACUAUGGCUCGACGCGCGGCUUAUAUGAGUAUUACAUGCGACCAGAAAAGUCUAAAAUCGGUCUCAUGUGGAAUGGCUCAAGGGUUCUUAUGGAAAGCUUGAACAGUUGAGCACUGAGCCAUUCCAAAUGCGACCAGAUUUUUUUAAAAUAGGGCGUAUAGGGAAUGGCUCAACACAUAACGCUCGUCAAAACUUGGAAUACAAUUCUCAAAAGUUCAGUUUAAGCCGCAACGCGACCGCACCGCAUUGAGCCAUUCCAAAUGCGACCAGAACUUUUUUAACCUGACCGCAAAUGGAGUAACUCAACGCGUGGCGGUAGCAAAGAAAUUUUAACUCAGCCAUUCAAAAUGCGACCAGAACUUUUUUAACCUGACCGCAAAUGGAGUAACUCAACGCGUGGCGGUAGCAAAGAAAUUCUAACUGAGCCAUUCCAAAUGCGACCAGAAACUCGCUCGUAAAGCAUAGCCGUUGAGCGAGAAUUGCGCCCGACCUUUUACGACUUACGCUAUAUUCAACCUACAACCUCAGUGCGACCGUGACGCGUUUAGACAUUCCAAAUUCGACCAGAACAGUUUUAAAUUGGUCGCAUAAGGAAUGGCUAGCGAAGGUUUAACUGAGCCAUUCCAAAUGCGACCAGAAACUAGUGAGAACUUUUGUGACCGCGAUGCUUUGAGCCAUUCCAAGUGCGACCAGAUUAUUUUUAUAUGGUUUCUAGGUGACAAAAGACAAGUCCUGGAAGUCGAUCUGCUCCGAAGCGAAUCCAGAACUCUCGGAAUCUUCUGCCGCCGGCUAUCAAUUGAGAAGACACUACCAGAAGCAUCUCCUGAUGCUGGAAUGUGUGGAGACCGGAAGGAAUCCGGACGACGAGGUCGCCUUUGCCGACAAGCUCAAAAGACAACGGAGGAAAGAUCCGCCGGCCAAUGCGACUGGUGCCGCUCAGCAACCUCCGCCCAACUUUCCUGGUUAG